UUUCAUGUUCUUGCUUUCCAACACCAGAAUUCUUGUCUCAGUUAUUUCGCCAGAGAUUUCAGCCAGUGAUCGACUCAAACGCAGCCAUCUAUCUCGGGUUUCAACCAUUUGUCGUGCAGUAAAGGAGCAGAGAAACUGGUUGCUUUUCAGGCGGACAUAAGAUUCUGAAACGCGCUAGAGACGACGAGCAGUCAGCGUCAAAUGGAGUACCCACCUCGCAAGAUAGCGAUAGCCAUCGAUCUGAGCGACGAAAGUGCCCAUGCCGUACGAUGGGCGGUGCAGAACUAUCUGCGUCCGUCGGACCAUGUGAUCAUUCUGCACGUGCGGCCCACGAGUCUGCUGUACGGCGCGGACUGGGGCGCGUGGGAGUCGACGGACGCGGCGAAGGCGGCGGACCGCGAGAUCAAGGAGCACGUGGAGGAGGAGUUCGACGCGCUCACGCUGGCCAAGGCGCGCGAGCUGGCGGAGCCGCUGAAGGCGGCGGGGAUCCCGUUCCGCGUGCACAUCGUGAAGGACCACGACAUGAAGGAGCGGCUGUGCCUCGAGGUGGAGCGUUUGGGGGUGAGUGCGUGCAUCAUGGGCAGCCGGGGCUUUGGAGCGCAUGGGCGAACGAGGAAGUCGCGAUUGGGCAGCGUCAGCGACUACUGUGUGCACCACUCUCUUCUUUACAACAUAUGCUGACAGGCAUUAGCUGUGCGGUGAAUGCGUGUGACUACGUCACAGGUGAUUGCCCGGUGGUGGUGGUGCGGAUGCACGAGGAGAAGCCCUUCUUCCACCCACCCUUGACCGCAAUGGCUUCAUGAUUGAUGCUGUUGGCAUGAAGAUGGGAGGGUGGGGAAGGGAGUCAGGGUGGAUUGUACAUAUGGGGGGGGGUGUGGUUAGGAGUUCUGAUAUGGUAGUCCGAUAGGCAUUUGUAGAGGGAAGAAUGGGAAGACAUUUCCCAAUAUACACCACGUGUGCCCCAUUUUUGCCUUUAAUGAUGUAAUGGUGUAUAUAGUAUAUAGUAUGUUUUUGUAUCAUAUAAAU